AUGCCCCGCGAAUUCAUCACCAACACCCCGCCCAGGUCGAUAACCAAGCAGCAGGCCAUGUUCCUCACUGACCACGGUGUAAAGGGUGCUUUGUGGGUUAGCAAAGCUGCUUUCCCCGCGCCACCGGACGCCGCCCUCCAGAAUGGUGUAUCCAGGGCUAUUAGGGAUCUGGGGGAAGGCGGCGAAGAAUAUACGAUGCCGGCUCUGCAAGCUGUGGAGGGUGAGUGGGUCGGUUAUCGAGCUAGCGUCAAGGCAAACACCCCCGAGCCGGCGGGACUGUCGGAGAGGGAGAAGUACGAGCACCUGGUGAGAGACAGGAAGACGGACAUGACACUGCUCUACUUCCACGGCGGAUCGUAUUAUCUCAUGGACCCAGUCUCGACGCGGCCUCUGAUGCAAAAGAUCCUUUCACGAACCCAUUCCAGCAUCGCGCAUUAUCCUGGGUGGCGACUCUGCCGGCGGAAACCUGGCUUCCGUCCUCCUACAGACGCUCCUCCAACUCCACCGGGCUGCGCCCGCCGGAGGAACGCCUACCGUCACAUUCCACGGCGCCACGGUACCGCUGCCACUACCAGCCGGAACCACGCUGAGCUCACCAUCCAUGGACCUUACACGCUGCAUGCAGGGCGGCUCCGAGUUACAGGCCCUGUGGGACUACCUCCCCCACCGUCCUUCUCGCCUGCGCAAUCAUCCCCUCCCUGCACCAUCUGGCCGUCCGACCCCCCGCGCGCCGACCUCCUUUGCGAAGGCAGCGCCCUCUGCCACCCCCUUGUGUCCCCCCUCGCGGCCCCUUCGUGGGCGGGCUCGCCGCCCCUCUUUAUCGUUUGCGGCGAGGAGAGGCUCGCGGACGAGUGCAAGGCGUUUGCGCAAAAGGCCGCCAGGGACGGCGUGCGCGUAGUCUGGGAGCAGUACGAGGCGAUGCCGCAUUGCUUUUCUCAGGUACUUGAGGGGAGUGUGGAGAGCGAGGCGUGUUUUGCUAGUUGGGCGGGAUUCGUGCGCAUGGUUACCGAGAAGCCAGGUGAGGUGGUAACAGGAGGGGAGUUCAUCACCGUGAGGACCCUGGAGAGGACACCAGUUGACGUGUACAAUCUCUUGGAUAUGAGCCAGGAGGAUAUCCUAGACUGCAUGCAGCGUGAACGCCAGGCCAUUGUGGAGAGGUUCACUCAGUCCAUGGCUUAA